CCUACUUGCACCGUCUGUACGUUUGUCGUACCUUNACAGUUUCUGCCACAAAAUACAUUUUAUACCACUGGAUGUCUCACAAAAAGACCUAAUUGACCUACUUGCACCGUCUGUACGUUUGUCGUACCUUGUACUUGGCGUGAACAUGCGUGUUUCGGAAGUUCUGAUGUUCUUGUCUCGUGCGCAGGUACUUUACGUACUUGUAGUACUGAACAUAUGAAGUUCAGAGGUAGGUAGGUACGGUACCCGGUACCGUACGAUGUGAUGUACGUUUCAGACAGAUGCGCGUGAUUUGAGAAAAUCUUUUCAUUUUCGAGAAAAAUAAAAAUCUGCGGAAAUCAGUCGAAGUCGAUCGAUUUUCAAACAAUUUUCAUCCGAUCCUUGCUCAGAAAUCUUCUGCAGGUGGGAUACACUACUCGCGUACUGUAGUUGUGCUUUCGUUCGUUCUUUCUGUUCAUCGCUACAACUCUGCAUCAUCGUCACCAUACUUCGUAGUACUBUGCAAGCAGAUACUAUGACAAUGGCAAUCGGCAUCCAAUCGCUCCGACGACGAUCCCUACUUGUUCUCCAGAUCUCGCUAUUACUAGCAACYGCCAACAUUCGGUGCAUUCGAGCCUUUCAGCGCAUCCGAUCGGAAAGCGUCAAAAACCUUGCCGGAAGAACCAGCAUGUCGUCGUCUUCCUGCCUGAACGGAAGCGCCAACCCGCUCUUGGAAGCGUGGACCCAGCCCUUCUCGCUGCCUCCCUUUGACAGGAUCCAGACCGAACACUAUCGGCCCGCCCUGGAGGUUGGGAUGGAGGAACAUCUCCGAGAUUUACAGGCCAUUGUCGACAACCCAGAGCCACCGUCUUUUGAAAACGUCAUGGUGGCCUACGACCGCGCUGGGAGGACCCUGAACAAGGUCGGGGGCGUCUUUGGGAACAUGUGCUCGUCCCAGAACACACCCGAGCUGCAGGCCGUUCAAACGGAAAUGUCGACAAUUCUGAGCCGCCAUCGGUCCUCCACGUACACUCUUCCAGGGUUGUUCGACAAGGUGGAGCAGGUGCACCGGGAGCAGCAGGCAGAGAACGGCGGUGGUCGAACCAGRGAGGAYAACCGCUUGACCGAACGCAUUUAUCUAGACUUUACCCGUUCCGGUGCACACUUUGACACAGAUAAGCAAGCGGAGAAUGCCGACAUACAAGCCAAGCUGGCCUCGCUGAUUACGGAAUUUAUGCAAAACGGUAAGUCCUUGCUGCGGAAGAAGGAUAUUAUGAAGAAUGCAUCAUUGCGAUUUGUAAGGAAAGCAGCAUCCGCAAAUUAUGCCGGGAUGGCGAACCAGAUGUCUUGACCUACAAACUCAUCGUUUCGCGUUGUGUAUUGCGAUAUCGUUCGUGGAAAAAAAGUCCUGAAGGACGAAGAACAAUACGAGUUGGUUCUGAAGCGGGAUGAUCUUGCAGGAUGYCCGGAUUCCUUGGUAGAGGCCGCAAAGAACGCAGCCGAGGAAAGAAAGAAAGCAGACGACGAGUACGUCAUWACGCUAUCGAGGUCGCUCGUGGAGCCUUUUCUUACCUUUUCGAGCCGCCGGGAUCUCCGGGAAACCGCCUGGAAGGCUUGGACCUCGCGCGGUGAAAUGGAUCCCGACCGUGACAACAUCAAGAUYGCCACUGACAUCCUCAAACUGAGGCAGAAACAAGCAAAGCUACACGGCUACAAGAAUUUUGCAGAAUACCAGUGCGUCGAUCGGAUGGCGAAAACCCCCGAAAAGGUGAUAGAACUACUCGAAAAUGUCUGGGAAAAAGCCAAGGUUUCAGCCAAUGCCGAGCGAAAGGAACUUGAAGACUACGUCAAGCAACAAGGCAGUCUUGGCGAGGACGAAAAAGACAUAAUCGAAAACGGUGUCCAGGCAUGGGAUUGGCGUUAUUAUGCAGAACAGGUUCGAAUCGCGAAGUACGAUUUCGAUGAGAGUCUCCUGAAGCCAUACCUAAGCCUCGAGAGCGUCACCAAUGCGGUCAUGGCCGUAUCGAACAAAUUGUUUGGUUUGAAGUACAUCCCGAGRGAYGAUAUCAAAACCUACCACGAAUCCGUCAAAGCGUACGAGGUCCGAAACGAACGGGAGGAUGACAAGCUCGUUGCGAUCUUUCUCCACGACAACUACGCUAGACCCUUCAAAUCCGGCGGCGCGUGGAUGUCGGAGUUCCGCUCUCAAACAAAAAAUCUUUCAGAAGARAUGAAGGAAGAGUACCAGGGAAUCCCUAUCGUUACAAACAACAAUAAUUUUGCCAGAGGUAAAAACACGUUGCUCUCCUUUGAUGAUGCCACWACGUUGUUCCACGAAAUGGUACGUUAGAUGCACUUUAAUGCUUUUUCGAGUACUACAAUGUACUUUUUUGAAUGUUUGCUGAACAGUUCUUGCGAAAUACUUCUUCUAUCCUCCCUAGGGACACGGCCAUCAUGGCAUGCUGUCAGAUUGCACCUACGGUCGACUUUCUUCCACCAAUGUGCUCAGAGAUUUUGUGGAGCUUCCUUCGCAGCUCAUGGAACACUGGUUCGAAGAACCUGAAGUUCUGAAGGAAUAUGCACGCCACUAUGAGACGGGAGAACCAGUUCCGGACGAGCUUAUCGAAAAAAUGAACAAGGCGAGAUCCUUCAACCAAGGGUUUGCUACAAUCGAAUACACGGCAUGUGCCCUCCUCGAUAUGCUCCUUCACCAGGUCGACGACUACGAGAACUUUGACAUGUCCACGUUCGAACGAGAAGAGCUCGAUAGGUUGGGCAUGCCACAGGGCGUUGUAAUGCGCCACCGACCUGCUCAUUUUAGCCAUCURUUUGCGAGCUCGGGAUAUGCUGCUGGAUACUACGGUGCGUACAAACUUGCUGCUCUUCUUUGAGUCGAUUGCGAAUCUUUGAUGGAAAUGACWCUCAACUGCUUGUGYGCACACCUUUUUUCCUGGACACGAACCUUUGCUUUGUUAUAAUCUCUUUGUAUCAGUUUAUUUGUGGGCCGAGGUUCUCGAUGCGGAUGUGUACGCCGCCUUUAAGGAAACCGGGAAUGUGUUUGAUCCGGAUAUGGCAGAACGAGUUCGCAAGUACGUGUACUCCGCUGGGAAUACCGAGGCACCCGAUGAGCUCUUUCGAAAAUUCCGUGGCCGGGAUCCCGACAUCAAGUACAUGCUAGAGAAAAAAUCGCUCGUCUCUGCAUCGUAAUGCGUUUUGUGGAUCUUGUUGCAUCAACUCUUCGAGUAGUCACUAGUMAAAUGGAGACAACCUCGCCAAAGACAAAGAAUACCAUGGAUCGGAUUUUCUUCCGAUACCAAUGCAAUAUGAUCGGUUGUCGGUGAUCGUGACUCCGUCGCUAUAUCUCCUUGCC